AAACUGUUUUCAAUAGGCGUCUAUUUGCUAGAACAUUUACCUUACUACUUGUCCCUAUAUUUCUUUACUGACAAAAUGUUGUUUUCAAGUUUGCUAUCGAUCGCGUUCUGUUAGAUUACAUUCGAUAGGCUAGACGGUUGGCUAGAGACUGAUGUUGCAACUUUGGUCUUGUGCGUUAUUAUCGGAGUUCUAAACAACAGAAAAUUACUUCCUAGUUAAUGCAAAAUCACUUCUGAUGCGUCACCAAUGAGAACUAUUCAUAGUAUUACAAUUUCAAGAAAUGUUCGGCCUUGUGGCUUUAAAAGCAAGCAAUUUUGUGUUUGUGUUUUAACAAUAAGAUCCGCAUGAAAGGCGAUGCUGUUUGGUACCAAAUGGGAAUAGAACUGAAAAGUCUCUUCAGUGAAGGUUUAUCUGCUGGACCGCCUUGAUCUGCGAGCUGCUGAUAGUAGUGUUAUUUUGUACGAAAUUUGUAUCAUUCGGGCUGUUGGUAUUUUAUGACCAAUAUUCGAUUGGGGUUGUAGACGAAAGGAUUUACAUCACAACGAUAGUUUGAGGCAGCGUGAGCCGCAGCAUAAUGCUUACUGGAUACCGGUUACUAGCCGACUCAUUUCACGCGUUCGCUAUACUGUACCUACUCUUCAACAUAUGGCGCACCAAAUCUUGUUUCGGCGUAUCGGGGAAAACACAAAUUUUAUACGUUACGGUAUUUGCAACGCGUUAUGCGGAUCUCGUGACUUUUCCCGCAACCUACAGCCUGUACAAUGUGCUUAUGAAGAUUCUCUUCGUGAGUGUUACAUUAAUCACUGUAUUGUUGAUGCACAGUGUAUACCGAAAAACAUACGAUCGCGAAAACGAUACAUUCUACAAUGAGUUUUUGAUACUUCCAUGUUUUGUAAUUGCCCUAUUUAUUAACUAUCGCAUGGAAGCUUUUGAAAUUUUAUGGUCAUUUUCGAUCUUUCUCGAGGCGGUUGCUAUCCUGCCGCAGAUGGAGUUAAUCUGUAAAACUUUCCAUGUAGAACCCUGGUUCAAGUGUUAUCUGCUUCUUCUUGGUUCAUACCGCGCUCUCUAUAUAAUUCAUUGGAUUGACCGCUACAGGCAAUAUGGGUUGUAUGACCCGGUUGCUUUUGUUUCGGGUGGAAUCCAAACCGUACUCUUUGUCUUACUUGCUUUGCGAAUCGCAACUCUAAAGCAUCGAAAUCGUAUUGUUACGGUUAGCACAAUCUGUUAGAUUUUCGACGAAAAUACUCUACGUACAUUGAACUCAACACAUGGCAUAGGAAUUACAGCCCUUGAAUUUAUUUGCAACAAUCCUUGUGAUUACGACCUUCUUUUUGGCCGAUAGUAUAUCUACACUCAUUCUAAUAACGUAUUUUUACCAGAAGGGCAUAUACAUUGAGUUGUGGAAUGUUCGUGGAAACGUAAUUCAGCAUGUUAUACUUUAUAGAAUGCUCUUAUGUUUAAGGAAGAAUGAAGAUAAAUGCAUCUGGGUAAAUAAGUUGUAGGUAGUUAUAGCUAGAGCAAAUAAUUGUCCCCGUAGAUUAUUGAACAGAAUGUUUGUCUAUUCACUUCGGAAUCCGCUGGGAUGUUCCGUUCAUUAAUUUCUCAAUAGCUGCCAUUGCACAUGAAAUGUAUAUCAACAUACAAUCUAAUGAUACCAUA